AUGGCGUUCUGGCGCGCGUGUGUGAAGGUGGAAAUGUUCCUCAAGGUGAUUAUAACGGGGGGCGGGAGGGAGAGGGGGUGGUUUGGGUGGGGGGAGGAAAGGGGUGGGAGGGAUGGGAAGACGGGGAAAGUUAUGGGGGCAAGCGAGGGGAGAAUGGGGGCGGGCGGGAGAGUGGGUUUGAUCUGUCGCAGCAUAGGACUGUAUGACGUGAACGUCUUCACCCUUUCCCCGCUCUUCUCCCCUCUUGCCCUCCCACACCCCCUUUACUCUCUCACUUCCACCCCCCCGCCCCUCACCCCCUCUCCCCUUUGUGCGGGGCAGAUCUGUCGCGGCAUAGGGCUGUACGACGUGAAAAUCUGUCGCGGCAUAGGGCUGUACGACGUUAAUGUGUUUACCCCACCUGAUCUGGUGGAGAGGCGGGAUCUGAGGCGGGUGUAUCUGUGCCUGCGCACACUCAGCAAGCGCACCAUCGGAAUCAAGGUGGGUCAGCCGAGUCAACGCGGGUCAUAUGCGUCACGAACACCACCCUCCCCACGGGUUUCUGCCCCUCUCACCGCUUCCAACUCCUCCCUUCACCUCCCUCCUCCUGCCACUGCCUCUGCUGCUGCUGCUACUGCCGCUGCCCCUGCCGCUGCCCCUGCCACUGCCCCUGCCACUGCCCCUGCCACUGCCCCUGCCGCUGCCCCUGCUGCUUCCUCUCGCUCCCCAGCCACGUUUGGCAAUCCUUCAAGUGAGGUCCUUCCCUCCCCCCCAUCUCCCUCCCUCUGCUCCGCUCCCCCCUCCGCCUUCCCCUCCCCCUCGCUUUCCCCCACCCCCUCCGUCUCCCCAGCUUCUGAUUCCCCAAGCUCCUCUAUCCUACCCGAACCGGACCAACUCCUUCCCCUCUCCCCCUUCCCCUCCGCAUCCUCCCUCGCAUCUUCCCUCAAUUCCUCUCGCUCCUUCGCCACUCCCACCAGUGCUGCCUCCUCCUUCACCCUUGCCACCGCAAUCACACCCAGGCAGCCAACACCCCCCAGUGCCCACACCUCCCCUCUGCGCUCCAUCUCCCCUCCCACCGCUUUCCACCCAUCCGAACCGGAGUCCAUCCCUGACACAAGCACAAUGGGGAGGGGCGGAAGGGGGCGGAUGGGACAGCGAGAGGAGUUAGGUUUAUUAGAGCAGCAGCAGGAGGGGCAGCAGGGGAGGGGGUUGGGGGCACGGAAAUGGCAGCUGUUGGCAGCAGCUGGUGCGGCAGUGCUGGUGGGGGGAGCAGUGGUGAUGGCAGCGCAGCGACAUCAACGGCUGAGAUCGACCGGAGCGAGCAGCGAUUGGGAGAGUGAGAAUCCGAGGAGGAGGAGCAGCGACUCACGGAGCAGAGGCACCCUAGGCAAGGGGAAGGGCUCAGCUGAAGCGGGUUUGGAGGCAGCAGUUGGGAAGGUGGAGUCUGAGGGAGGGUUUUCCCACUGGCUGGCUUCUAUGCCCACUGGCGCAAAGCUCAGUGAGAAGGAGUUUGAUGAGAGGUUCAAGGAGCUUGAGAAGGAGGCGGUGGAGGUGGAGGAGGAGUUUCUACGCUGUCUGGGGCCUGCCUAUAACGAGUACGGGGACAACGAUGACGAUGAGGAGGAGAUGAUGUCCUUCAUUGCUGCAGUCACCAGCAAACCCGCCCCGGUUAAGAGCGGCACUGGCGAGUUUGACAAAUGGGCACCGUUUGAUGAGGCACACUUGACCAUCGACCCGUUCCAGGGGCGGAAAGGUUCCUCCUCAGCCACGGAUGCAGCAAAGGCUGCAGGAAAGGGUGCAGCUAAGGGUGCAGGGCGGGGUGUGGGUGGUGGUGGCUCUAUCGGGAGGGCUGGAGGCCGUGUGCAUGAGGUGCAGCCAGGAGAGACCCUUUCUGGGAUUGCACUCGGGCCGAGCUCCUUUACGUGCUGCCUGCUGCGGCAUUCCCCGCUGUCUCUUGUCUCUUACGCAUCCUCCCCAUCUUCACCUCCCCCUCCCCCCUUCUUUUCCCUCCUCCCGCUUCGCGUCCCCCCCACCCUCUCUCCCGGCCCCUCCCCGCUUCCCCUCCAUCCCGCUCCGCCUCAGGAGGACGCGACGCCACUGCGCCAUGCACUGCGAUACGGCACGAGGCAGUGGGGCGAGCUCGAGAGAUGCUCCCUGCUGCUUGCCGCCGCACUCCCCUCGCUCUUCUCUGCCCCCCCUCACGACCCUCUGUCAUCCCCUUCCCCUUCCCCCCUUUUCUCUCAGGAGGACGCAACGCUACUGCGCCACGCGCUGCGCUACGGCACGCGGCAGUGGGGCGCGCUCGAGAAGAGCUCUCUGCUGCCGCACCGGGACAACAAGUCCUGCUGUAACCGCUUCCUCUUCCUCAAAAAGUCAGCCGCCUGUUCCCCUGUUCCCUCGUUCCGCAUAGAAGUUUCUCUCCCCCCCUCCGCUCUAAUCAAACACAUCACAAAGACUUGUUCCAAUCCCUGCCUACUUGAAAAAUCAUUCACAUCACUUCAGCUUCAAGCCUUCUACUACAGCUUGCAUGCCGCGCCUAUAUUUCUGCGUCUUCCUGCUCCGGCCCUUCCACUCGCCUAA